CAAUAAAAGGACAUCGUUUCUAUCUCUUGACUAUAAGUGCACAUACUUCAUUCCUAAAACGACUAAUUCAACAUAGUCCUAAUUCUAAAAGUCAAACCCUCUUACCCAUACCACAUACCACACGCAACCACCUUUUGUAUGUCACUUUCUCUGAGCAUUCACCUCUUAAUCCACACACGGGAGUCAUGAUCCACAACCUCAAAUCCCACAAGCAUUUACAUCUCCAUUUUGCCGUCUAGAUACAGAGAAGGCUUUUGCUAAACACAGGACUCUGCUGGGGUAAAGCAACACGAAGCCUCACUUCUUCUUAAUCUAAAGGUCUUCUUUCUUAAUUUGAUUAUGGAGCGGAAAACACUCUGGUUUGAUAACAUAGUUGUUGAUAUUAAAGGGGAAGCUGGAAUUUUGGCUUCAUAUUCAGAGCUCAGUGGUGAGGAUGUUGAAGAAAACAAUUUUAUUUCCAUUGAUACAUUCCUCCCUAACGAUCUAUUUGAACGAAUUCUAGCUUUUCUUCCCAUAGCAAGCAUUUUCAGAGCAGGUGCUGUGUGUAAAAAGUGGAAUUCUAUUGUGCAUUCUCGGAGGUUUUCAAAGAACCUCUCAAGCAUCUUAUCUCGGAAACCUUGGUACUUUAUGUUCACAAGCGGCAGCCCUAACUCGUAUAAGCCCAUUAGGAAUGCCGAUGGCUAUGACCUCAUUGGGUAUGCCUAUGACCCCAUGGUUCAGAAAUGGUACAGGUUUGAGCUACCCUGUCAUGGAACAUCGAUUUGUUUUAUUGCUUCAUCGUGUGGCUUAGUAUGCUUCAUGGACAAUGACACUAGAAGUCGGCUAUAUGUUUGCAAUCCAAUUCCUAAAAUUUCUGAGAUAUUUGAGAUUCCUAGAUAUUUGAUAUUUUCUGACUACAAUGCUCUUGCAAUAUCAGUGGAUAGGUCAUCACAAAGUUAUACUAUAGCAAUGGUAAUGUCUAAGAGAGCCCCACAUGAUUUUGGUCAAUGGAUUCUCUCAAUUCAUAUCUAUUGUUCCAAAGCAAAGAUGUGGGUAUCACCUGUGACAGAAACUUUGAUGGGGUGUAGAGGGGGAGACGAUUGUGUGAUCUGUGAUGGGGUUUUAUAUUUCCUUAUUUACAUUAUCACAGAAUUGGACUUGACUGGAAAACCUGAUGGUUUGCUCACUUAUAAUCUUUCUAGUCAAUCUUUCUGUUGUGUGCUAAUCAAUAGGUUAAUCCCAGUACCUUGCCCUCUUACGUGUGGCCGGCUAAUGAACCUUAAGAACAAGCUUGUCCUGGUUGGAGGAAUUGGAGAACAAGAUCAGCCUAGCAUUAUUAAGGGGAUUGGCGUCUGGGUUCUUAAGGGGAGGGAUUGGGAAGAGUUUGCACUCAUGCCUUCUAUGUAUUUUCAAGGAUUGGGGAAUUUUGAUAAGGUCUUUGCAAGCAGUGGUUUUGAUGAUCUUAUAUACAUACAGAGUUAUGAGGCUCCAUCUCUUCUUAUGUUUGACAUGAAAAUGAAGAAAUGGAAAUGGUCAAAAAAGUGUCCUGUUUCAAAGCGGUUGCCCCUUCAAUGUUUCACUGGUUUUUGCUUUGAGCCAAGGCUUGAACUUUUACCCUUAGGGAUGGCAACUGGGCAGGUUUUUUGUGGGGACCCUGGCCCCCACUGCUGCCCCUAACUUGCUACGAGUUUAUGGUGUUUGAUAGGAGGAAGUAUCUCAUGGAGUCACUGCAUGGAUCUGUGACAGGCUCUUGUAUCUUUAAUUACUUUGCUGUUCAACCUCUUGAUGACUUUUAAGGCCCUUUUUGUAUAUGUAGAAAUACUGCAAGCACAAAAUGCAGUUUUAGUCUGGAGUAUUGAUGUUGUGCAGCAAUUGCAGUUCUUUUGAUAUCUUACAUGUACUCAUAGAAUGCAUUUUUGGGAAA